CUUCUUCUCUCUUACACUCUCCCUUCUCCGUCGUCGUUUUGCGGAAACACUUUCAUUCUAUGCUAAUUCUUUCAAUUCCUCCUUUUUCGCGCGGCAAGCAAAGGAAGGGAGGAUUUGUUUCUUUGAUUCUAGCUAGGGUUUUGAAAUUUUAGAGUAUCAUUUCAUAAUUUUUAAAUCGAUAAGGUUUUUAGGUUAAAGAAAGGAUAUUUGGGUUUAUUAAAAUUAGACAGUGAUGGAUUUUGAGCAAUGUAAUCCCUGUUUGGGAGAUAAUUUUCAGUGUUUGAUUACUAUUUUCAAAGAAGUUUUGGGUGAUUAAUAGAGAUGCAUAUAGAAGUUUUAAUCUGUAAUCCUUGAAUGGAUGCCAAUCCUGGACCAAUUGAUGGCUCUGUUCUGUAUGAUCAAGACAAGCAUGUCUCUGCUGCUGUUUGGGAUGGCCAGGAACGUGGUGCCCUUAGAUGCCAUGAGCAUACCUCCAAGCUAGGUGAAUGGAAGCUAACUCCAAAACAGAUAGAGUUGGUGGAGAAAGCUGGAUUUGGGUACUUGAGAAAGAUUCCUGCUAUUAGUCUAGAUAAUCCUCUUAUCUCAGCACUAGUUGAGAGGUGGAGAAGAGAAACAAAUACAUUUCACUUUACUGUUGGUGAAAUGACAGUGAAUCUUCAAGAUGUUGCAUUAUUGCUUGGAUUAGCUAUUGAUGGGAAGCCUGUUAUUGGGAUAACACAUACAACAUGUAGCUCUGUUUGUGAAAGGCUUCUAGGGAAAGCACCAGAUUCAAACUAUGCGAGUGGUGGGAUGGUGAAGCUAAGUUGGCUGAAGGAAUUCUUUUCUCAAUGUCCUGAAGAUGCUCCAAGUGAAGAGGUUGAGCACUGCACGCGUGCUUAUCUUCUGUACCUUGUGGGAAGUACAAUAUUCUCCACGACCACUGGGAAUAAAGUUCCUGUUAUGUACCUUCCAUUGUUUGAAAGUUUUGAAGAAGCUGGGAACUAUGCCUGGGGCGCAGCAGCAUUAGCCUUCCUGUACAGAGCACUUGGCAAUGCUUGUGUUAAAUCUCAAAGUACCAUCUGUGGCUGUUUAACCUUGCUACAGUGUUGGAGUUACUUUCAUCUGAAUAUUGGUCGACCAAAGCUCAAUCGGGAUCCUAUUCAUGAUCAUUUUCCAUUUGUGCUUAGGUGGAAGGGGAAACAAAGUGGGCCAACAACAAACCGAGAUGUGGUAUUUUACCGCAAGGCAUUGGAUUCAUUGAAACCAAUUGAUGUGGAGUGGCUUCCAUACAAAUAUAUGGACAGUACAGUAAUACCAGAAGACAUUAGAGAUACUUUGAUCUUGGGAAGAUCAAAGACGAUGCUUAUAUGCUUUGACAAGGCAGAGAGGCACCUCCCUGACCGCUGCCUAAGGCAAUACAGCAUGCUUCAACCAAUCCCUGAAGAUGUGGUGCGAUGGGUCAGAAAGAGUAGAGGAGUUGAUGGUGGGGUAGACUUGUCUGGGAAAAUGGAGUCUGAACUUAAUGAAUGGUUGGACCGUCGACUCCAUAUUGUGGAUGGUGAUGAUGGUGUAGAUGAAAGUGAAUACAUGCAAUGGUACUUGAAAAUUACCCGUAAAGUUGUAGGGAGGCCUAUAUCUUUAUCAUCUGAAUUCCAAAGAACGAUAUCUGGUUUAAGAGAAAUUGCCUACUUAGCAGAUACAUUCUCGACAAAAGGGUUGGAUGGGCAACAAUUUGAGUCGAUUACAAGAAUUAGGUUUAUUGCACAGGACUGUUUGAGGGACCAGGCUGGAAGUCCAGUCACACCAUCAGAUGGCACCCCUAUAGAACUUGGGAAAAGGACAAGAGGGAAGGAGCGUGUAAGAAGAAAGGGUACCAUGAAACGUAGGAGAAAGGAUGAUCCCAUGGAUUAUGAAGCUAGCGAGGAUGACCAAUCUCAGUUUUACAGUGCAGUUAUUGAGGUUGAUCAAUUGCAUUUACCUCAGCCAGAGGACGAAGUUGUUCAAUUAGAGUUACAUCAGGAAGAUGAUGAGGUUGAUCCACAACAAAUGUGUCUUACACCUGGUGAGGGCAAUGGUACAGAGCUGCAUGUUGUGGUGAACAAGGUUGAUCAUUCACAUCUCAACAAUGCAACUCAUGGCAAUGACAUUAAUAACUCUCAUCCUUGUGAUUCUACUAAUGUCAUCGAGGACUCACAAGUCUGUGAUGCCACAACUAUAGGGGUUGAUGAUUCUGAGACUUGUGGUCAAACUAAUAAGGUUUAUGACUCACAGCUUUGUGAGACAACUGAUGAGGUUCAUGACUCUAAGCCUUGUGAGGCAACGACAAAGGUCGAUGAUGAACAACUGCAUGAUGCUACAAUUGACAAAGUGAAUGGCACAGAGCUCUCUGAUGCAACUGAAAAGGCAAACAACUCACAGCUCCCUGAUGCAAUUAAAGAGGUAAAGGACCAAUUUGAUGCAACUAAAGACACAGCAGGCCAAUCUGAUGCAACUAAAGAGGCAAAGGACUUGGAGCUCCCUGAUGCAACUGAAGAGACCAAUGAUUCACAUCUUUUUGAUGCAACUAAAGAGGGUAAUGGCUUAGAGCUCCCUGAUGCAUCCAGGAGAGGGAAGGGCUUGCUGCUUCCUGAUGCUACCAAAGAGGAGAAGGGCUCACAACUUCCUGAUUCAACUAAAGCAGAAAAGGACUCAAAACUUCCUAAUUCAACUGAGGAGGAGGACUUGCUGCUUCCAGAUGCAACUAAAGAGGGGAAGGGCUCUCAGCUUCCUGAUUCAACUAAAGCAGAAAAGGACUCAAAACUUCCUGAUUCCACUGAGAACGAGAAGGACUUGCUGCUUCCUGAUGCAACUAAAGAGGGGAAGGACUUGCAGCUUUCUGAGACAACUGAAGAGGGAAAGGACCCUCAGCUUGCAGAUGCAACUGAAGAGGGGAAGGACUUGCAGCUUCCUGAUGCAACUGAAGAGGGGAAGGACUUGCAACUUCCUGGUUCAAGUUUAGAUGGCAAUGGCUUGCAGCUUCCUGAUGCAACUGAUGAGGCAAAUGACUCAAAGCUCUCUCAUUCAGCUGAUGGCAGUGAUUCUUCAAAAGCUAAAGUAGCAAUGAAUGACGUUCCCGGGUCAUCUCUUGAAACUAUUGAGGAUGUUGCAAAGCAGGCUAAUAAAAGCGAUAGUGCAAAAUGAAGGCUUUAGCAUGUCAAUUCCUUCAGGUACUGCAAGACUUAAAAUCUUAAAGGUUCUAAUGGUGGGAGAUAAUCAACAUAGGAAAAAGAAUUUUCAUCAUAUCGUAUUUGAGAUUUCAAUGUUAGUGUUGUGUGGCUUAUAGUUUACUUUAAUGUAGGGACAUUGGAUUUCAUGUUUCAUCUGAGACUAAAGGUUAUGAUCCAAAGAUGCUUACGUAGUAUUGACAUAUUAUCCAUUUAGUAAUUUACUAAUUGCCUUUAUGCUUGAAAA